CUGCUGACAGUGAGUGCGCAGAGUUUUCUUGCUCUCUUUCGCCUUGUGCGGGUUCGUUGGUUGUGCGGGAUUGCCUCACACCGCCUGCUCUGCUCUGGUUGCCAUUUUCCACUCCGUCCAACAAGAAGAUCCACUGCAAGCAAGCCCUUCUCAACGUUUUCUGUCUGAUCUCCUCCACACACCAAUAUGUCUGUCAAGGUUGGCAUCAACGGCUUCGGCCGCAUCGGUCGCAUUGUUCUCCGCGCCGCCCUCAAGCACCCCGAGGUCACCGUCGUCUCCGUCAACGACCCCUUCAUGGACCUCGACUACAUGGUCUACAACUUCAAGCACGAUUCCACUCACGGCAAGUUCGAUGGCAGCGUCGAGGCACAGGAUGGCAAGCUCGUGAUCAACGGCAGCCCCAUCAACGUCCACUCCUGCAUGAAGCCUGAGGAGAUCCCAUGGGGCUCUGAUGGUGUUGAUGUUGUUGUCGAGUCCACCGGUGUGUUCACGACCACGGAGAAGAGCCAGGCCCAUCUCAAGGCCGGUGCCAAGAAGGUUGUCAUCUCCGCCCCGUCUGCCGAUGCCCCGAUGUUUGUGCUUGGUGUCAACGAGGACAAGUACGACGCUUCCUCGUAA